AUGAGUGAAGCAGAAGAAAUAUUGAAUCGUAUUAAAAAUCAUAAAGGAGUUAUAGGAAUAUUAGUUGUAAACAGUGAAGGGUUAAUAAUAAAGAGUACAUUUGAUCAGCAACAGUCAGACUUACAUGCUUCAUUAUUAACACAACUAUCUAAAAAAGCUAGGGAUGUUAUUAGAGAAUUAGAUCCUCAGAAUGAUAUAAACUUUUUACGUUUACGAUCAAAAAAGCAUGAAAUAAUGAUUGCCCCUGAUAAGGAUUAUACACUUAUAGUUGUCCAAGAUCCUUAUGCAGAUAAGGACAAGAAUUAA